AUGCCGAAGCUGCGCGGGGAGGCCUUCUGGAGGGAGACUCUGCGGAGCGCCCACUACGUGGUGGCGCCCAUGGUGGACCAGAGCGAGCUGGCCUGGAGGCUGCUGAGCCGCCGCCACGGCGCCCAGCUCUGCUACACGCCGAUGCUGCACGCCCAGGUCUUCCUCAGGGACGCCAACUACCGCCGCGAGAACCUCUACUGCGAGGCCUGUCCCGAGGACCGGCCGCUCAUCGUGCAGUUCUGUGCCAAUGACCCUGAAGUGUUUGUCCAAGCAGCCCUGUUGGCUCAGGAUUACUGUGAUGCCAUAGACCUAAAUUUGGGUUGUCCCCAAAUGAUUGCAAAGAGAGGUCAUUAUGGAGCAUUUCUGCAAGAGGAAUGGGAUCUUCUUCAGAGAAUGAUUUUACUGGCUAACGAGAAGCUCUCUGUUCCCAUCACAUGCAAAAUCCGCGUUUUCCCAGAAAUUGACAGGACAGUGAAGUAUGCACAGAUGCUGGAGAAAGCUGGCUGCCAGCUACUGACUGUGCAUGGCCGUACGAAAGAACAGAAAGGACCGCUUGCUGGAGUGGCAUCUUGGGAGCACAUUCAAGCUGUCAGAAAAGCUGUAAGCAUUCCUGUAUUUGCAAAUGGAAACAUCCAGUGUCUCAGUGACGUGGAAGAAUGUAUCCGUAAGACAGGAGUGCAUGGUGUCAUGAGUGCAGAAGGAAAUCUUCAUAACCCAGCUUUGUUUGAGGGUCGAAACCCAUUGGUGUGGGAGAUGGCUGAGGAGUAUCUGGAGAUAGUGCAGAAGCACCCUUGUCCAUUGUCUUAUGUUAGGGCUCAUCUCUUCAAGCUCUGGCAUCACACGCUUCAAGUUUACCAGCAGCUGCGUGAAGAAUUAGCAAAGGUGAAGACUCUAGAGGGCAUUGUAGAUGUCAACAGGGAGCUGAAACUACGAUGCCAGGAAGAAAUAGCUAAUCAGAAAGAAGGAGAAAAGCCAAAAGAAGGGUUGCCUUUUUUCCACUGGAUCUGUCAGCCCUACAUCAGGCCAGGGCCAAAGGAGAGAUGCAAGGAGAAUGGAGCCACUGGGAAUGAGAAAGGUGUGCGAGGGAAACGUGCUCUGGAAGAGGAGGAAGAUGGAAAUUCUGAGCUUCUGUCAAAGAAUAAGCAAAAAAAGAAGUUAAGAAAUCCAAAUAAAAGCUUUGAUCCAUCUUUAAAACCCAAAUAUGCAAAAUGUGAUCAAUGUGGAAACCCUAAGGGCAAUAAAUGUGUUUUUAACAUGUGCCGAGGGUGCUGUAAGAAAAGAGCAUUCAAAGAGACAGCAGACUGUCCAGGUCAUCGAUUACUUUUUAAGACCAAAUAUGAAAAAUCCCUUCCAUGGCAGAGUAGUCAAAGAGUAAUUCAAACCCCAGCAAUCUGUCAGAGAGGAGAUGUAGCUAUGGACACUGCGGCACUGACAGAGGCUGGUGACAGUGCAGUGUGAAGCCUUGGAAAUUAACGGUUGAAGAGCUCCUGCCAGGCCUCUGCUUCCCUGGGCCAAAGAACACGCCACCUCCAGCUCACUGUCAGCUGUGUGACCUUGUUCCACAGGUUUAUUUUAAUUCUUGAAAAAGUUUUAUUUAAGUAAAAAGCUGCUUACUCAGGGAAUUAUCCUGCAUUUGAAAUAAAAAGGAUGCAAUUAAA